AUGUCUGAGACUUUCCAAGAGCUUGCCGAUAUCCCCAAGGACUUCAUUCGUGAGGGUUCGCAAUUUGUUCGCCGCUGCACUAAGCCCGACAAGCGUGAAUUCAUCAAGAUCAGCCAGGCCGUUGGCAUGGGAUUCCUUGUUAUGGGAGCCAUUGGUUACUUCGUCAAGCUGAUUCAUAUCCCGGUCAACCAAGUGCUGGUCGGUGGCGCCUAA